UCACUAAACAAAGACCUGAGAGUCAAGGUCUGUACCUUUCUCAGCUGGUAGUGCUGUUAGUUGACAAUGACGCAGAGGAAAUGUGAAUCAGGGGAAGGCCCAAGGGUCAAUGAUGAAACAUCUCGUGCAUGGACUUUGGACCGAUCUUUUGCACACUUGACCAAUCCUGGGUGAACUUGCCUCUAGAUCCAUAAAUUUCUUCAUCAAAAAAAGCUCCAAGCCAAAGGCACUGGAUGUGGAGGACAGCCUGCAAAGGUCUCUCCUUCGGGCACAAGUAAUCAUCGAUGAGGCUGCAGGACGCCACAUCACGAACCAAGCUAUGCUCAAGCAGCUGGAGAUGCUAAGGGAUAACAUGUACCGAGCCUGUUACAUGCAUGACACCUUCAGGUACCAAUCUCACAGUGAGAAGGAUGCCAAAGAUCAAGUUGUGAGUCAUUCUUUCUCUCUGUCAAAAGUAAAUCAUCUAAAAGUAAUAGAUUCUUCCAGUAGAAACACACUGAUUUUGGAACAAUUGCAAGACACCCUUGACAAUUUGAACUGUAUGAUCCUUGAUAUGAAAGAGCUGGUUAUGUUCAUUACGAUCUACCCUCGCCUCUACCGCCAACCAUAUAGCAUGCAUAUACUGCUGGGCAACUGCAUGUUUGGCCGCCAGAUGGAAGCAGAGCUUGUCCUCAAUUUCCUAUUGCACACACAGCCUCAUGGUGCUGAUGAAUUGGAGGUCCUGCCAGUUGUUGGUCCAGGCAAAGUUGGCAAGAGCACCCUUGUUGCACAUGUUUGCAAUGACGAAAGAGUCCGUGGUCAUUUUUCAGAAAUCAUGUUCUUGAGUGACCAUGAUUUGAAAGAUGAAAAGUUGACCUUUCCUGUGGAAAGAUGUGUGAAGAAAUAUCAAAAUUCCUUGUUGAACAAUGUUGGGAGAAUGCUAAUUGUUGUUGAGGCGGCUGGAGACAUCAACAUAGAUGAGUGGAAGAGGUUUUAUGCUGCUUCAAAACGGUGUAUGAGAAAUGGUAGUAAAUUCAUAAUCACAAGCCGGUCUGACAAGAUCACAAAGCUUGGGACGGUGAGGGCAGUAACACUGAAAUAUCUGUCCGACGAAGCAUACUGGUACUUCUUCAAGACACUUACGUUUGGAAGCACAGAUCCCAUGAUGCACCCGAAGAUGGCUUACAUGGCCAUGGAAAUAGCCAGGAUGUUGAAUCGGUCUUUCUUUGGUGCAACCGGUACUAUCUGCGUGCUGAUGAACAACUUUGACAUCUGCUAUUGGUGCAAGGUUAUGACCUUUUUGAGAGGGCUCGUCAAGUGGUAUGACUCCAAAUUCGGUGAGCAUCCAUGUGAUGCUCUGAACCAAAGUAGACCUGCACAUCUUUGGAGAAUUGAAAGCCCUUCUGAACAGAUCAUGGUUGAUCAUCAGUAUGAGUGCUCUUCACAAAAGGAGGUUCCGAAGGUGGAGUUGCGAAGUGUGAUGUAUGGAACUCUUAAGCCUUCUGGCAGAUUUGAAGCCCUAGGAUGGAGGUCUCCCAUACCGCCCUACUAUAACUAUAUUUAUACUUGUGAGGUUCGAGAUCUAAAAACUACAUCUGCUAAGAGGAAGCGUACUUAAUUCUGUCAUUUUGAUGCAUACACAAGUGUGUAUCAGUUCUUGUUUUGAUUAAGUAUGACAACUCACAAGUUACAAACGUAGUAAAAAUAUUUUCUUAUACGAGAUCGCAGACUAUAACUGGGCAAACUGCUUUAUUACUUUGCAUAUGUAAACUAAAUGUAAUUCUAUCAAAAUAAUGCGUGGCACUAAUAAGAAACUUUCAUGA